AUGGGUUCGUACGUCCAUCCGAACAAUAGCUGGUUGCCGCCUGACGUGGCAGCACAGGCGGCGAGCGAGGAGCCUGGAAGGUUUCACGCUGUCGCCGAGGAGGUUCAGGCUGCGUGGAAGCGCGGGAAAGAGCAAGGCCAUGGGGGAGAGACUUUGAAAUGGGUCUCCGUCGUCAAUAGUUUCGUGGCAUCCAAGUCUCGUCUGGAGGUUGCUGACCUGGAGCUCGUGUCAGAGACCGCCCUCGAUAUUAUCACAUGCUGCCGCGGCCCUAGAGAUCUCUUCAUUCAGAUCCGUUGGUCGCAGUGCAUGUCUCGCAUCCUUCGCAAGCAUCGCUACUCGCUCUCCCUCUCCAUCCCCUGGCGCCCGCUCUACUCCAUCCUCGCUAUACACCUCCCCUCUGCUCCAGGGUCCACCACCUUGCCUGGCUACGUGGGAGCGGCGCUGUUGCAGAUUCACAUCAACGCCAUCACUGAGCUCAUCAGGCGGGCGAGAAGGUUCUUCCCCCCUGGCUCUGCUGCUGAUAUCUGGGCCUUCCUCAGGCCACAGUUCGCUGACGUCAGCAGCAAUGAUGCUCUGGAGGCGGCGGCUCUGCUGAAUCUGCUGCUGCCAACCACGUGCCGCCACGUGGCACCACACGAGGAAGAUGUUUCUGCUGAAUGGAGUGUCUGGGUGCCGGAGUGGCUAUCACUGUGGUCCUCCAUUCCACACUGCACCUUCUGGGACGCGCAGUGGAUCUCUCUCCUCGCACGCUUAGCUAAACACCAGCAACUACGCCACCAGCACCAAACCACCUCCUCCUCUACCUCCUCUCCCGCGUCCCUCCUCUCCCUCUGGACCCCUCACCUUCCGUUUCUGUUCCAGAAGAUUCUCGAGUCUUUCUCCCUCCCCAUUGGCCAAUCCCCGUCUGCCACGUCAGCGCAGCUUGAGCGCCCUGUUUCUCCAGCAUGCGCGCGUGUCUUCCUAUCACUGCUUGACAGGUGGCAGCAGCGCAGAGUUCCGCACCAGCAGCAGGUGGUUCGGGCCGUAGCUGGCGCCAAGCUUGUCGUCUGGCUGCUGGCAAACCCCGAACCUGCCGCCCGUGGUUCGGAUGCCGAACCUCCUGUUUCAGGCUCGGACCGAGCCUUGGAAGUGCAGGGAGGGGCGGUGUCGGUGCUGCGGUUGUUUGAUAAGCUAUCGAACGAUCUGGAGCAGUUCUUUCACCCAUCCAACGGUGGAGAAUGGACGGGGCUGCUGGAGAAGAUGAUUCACUCGGCUACAUACCAUCUUAUGAAAAGAAUUGCUGCAGAGAAGAAAAUUCAUGGCGACAGGUACCCCUCCUCGGGUGCCCCGUCCGCCCUUUCCCCUGCCACGACCACUGCUUUCAUCCGCCUCCUCACCCGACUCAUCCACAAUCGCGCCCUCUUCAGCAAGAGCCCCACCCUCUCUGCUGUCGCCUCCCGCGUGGCUGCCUCACUGUCCUACCUGGCGCCACGUGUCACUCUUCCAGUGGUCCUGGAGAGCUUCCAGGGGGCGUUAACCACUGUCACGGCCACACAUCAGCUGGAGUCCGCCCUCUCCACCCUCGCGCUCUCCGUCCGCCCCUUGCUGCUCGCUGCUGCCCAAACCCCCUCACACCAAGACGUUACCCUUGACUCUAUGGACGUGGAUGGAUCAGAUGCUGUGGGGGGGGCUGGGGAGGGUGGUGGCAUGGGAAUGUGGCAGGAGAUCAUCGGGCGGGCGAGGGAGGUGGUGUCUGAGGCGCUGGUGGCGACGCUUCCUGGGAUUGAUGCUAAUGACCCUCCCAAGACGCUGGCCACGCUGCACCUAUACCUCUCUGUCUUCUCUUCUAUUGGUCCAAUAGGGGACGAAGAAAGCCCUUUCGCGCUCUCCAUUGAUUGGUCCACGUGGCUGGAGGACUUUCUCUCGCGCCUCUUCUCCCUCUUCUCUCACUUGGAGAGUGCUGCUCCCACUGUUACUGUGGCGAGCGCUGCAGCAGGCACUGAGAGAUCCUUCCUCAUGAAGGAAGCAGAGGGGUCAACCUUCCGCUCCACCGUCAGCAUUCUCUUCGCCCGUCUCUCUCCUCCUCUGCUCAAUCAGAUCAUAUCGAGGGUGGAGCGCUACGUAUCUAGUUCUGUCGUCCGCGGGUGUGAGGAGGAGAUCGGCACAGUGGUGGCAGCGCUGGCAUAUGCUGCUCCUGAGGCCACAUGCAAUCGGAUCCUGGCUGGGGUCAUGGAUUCUGCAAUUUCUCUCCUCCAAUCGCUGCCUGCCACGUCAUUCCUGGGGCUUGCUGAGUCUCCAGCUGCUGCUGCGGAUGCAGGGGAGGUGCUGAAACUGCCAGCCAAUCAGCUGUCGACAACUCAGGAGGCCACAGUUCUCUUUCACAUGCAUCUCGCCAGCAACGCUGUACCCUUUAGUGGCUCGGCUCUGAUAGCACAUAAGGAGCGCCUCAUCGCGCUUAUCGAUGCUGCCUUCUCAUCUACCUCCCAAAAGGUGGUGGAUGCAGCAGCGGAUCUGCUUCAGAAGUUCCUGUUUGCGCUCAUCUUCUAUUACCCCUUGAAUGAAUACACUUUCUUGGGCUGGGAACAAUCAGCUCCGGGGGUUGAGCGGUGGUUUUCAAAGCAAGCAGCAGCAGCAGAGGCAGCAGCAGCGUCUCCAAUGGCAGCAGGACAAGUGGCAGCAGCAGGAGCUCUCCAGUGGCACGUGCCAUCCACAGAAGAGACAACGCUUGCCACCCAGCUCAUUGGCAAGUACCUGGGCGGCGCGUUGAGGGACAUCCGGUGGCUGCGAUCUAGGCCUGCCACGUCAGCAUCGGCCAGCUCAGCAGCGGUUGGAGCCAAACUCGCCUGGCGAGUGGCCCUUCGCCGCCUCUGGGCUGUUUUCUCCGGCACCCGAACCAACCUCCCGGACCUGACCACCAGGUUCGGGAGCCAAGCCUCCGGUGCACCCACCGAUGCCACGGCACUGGGCACUCCUCUGGCAGUGGUGGGGCGGUCGGGUGUGACUAUAGGCGAUGUGACUAUGCGGGAGGAAGCUUCUGGGGAGCUUCAUGAGGCGUGUGUGUGGCUGGUGAGGCGGCAGAGGGAUGACACUCAGACGCUCACACUGCUGGCUGAAGUGGAAGGGCUGCUGCUGAACCCAGGCACACUCGAGUAUUCCGACUCGCUGCACGGGCUCAGGGUGGUGAAGCAGCAGGCGGGGCUGCUGUCAGAGCCGAAGGGGUCGCCAUGGAUGCAGGCUGGGGAGACAAGGAGGAGGCCGCCCUGGGUGCUGGCAGAGCUGGCAUACGAGCACCUCCUCUGGAGGGCUUCCCAGGCGCACUUCAAGACAAUCUACGCCGGCCAGCGCCGCCCGCCGCCCCUCCCUCGGGCGGUGAAGGUGCUGCUGGGGGACCUGCUGCUGCUGUCCGUGCACCGAUAUGAAUCCGUGCAAGGUGUUGCGCGUGCCAGCCUGGAACUCCUUCUCAAGCGCUUCCCGCCAGCUGUCGGCGUGGCAUUGGCCCAGCUGGCGCCGUGCGUGGCUGGGGAGGCAGGCGCAGUGGCAAGGCUGAUCAGAAUGGGGAAGAGUGGUGACAGUAACGGGGGUGACAGUAGCAGUGGUGAUAUAGAGAAGGGAAACAAGGAAAAGAGCGCGACAGGGAAGGAGGAAGAGAAGAUGGAAAACGCAGAGGAGGGAGAGGAAGUGGAGGAGAAGGAGGACAGGGAGGAGGCAGCGGUGGGGGCGUGUCAGGUCUUCGUGAGCCGACCAAUCAUGCGCAAGACUGCUUACGACUGGCGGGCGCUGGCUCCCUUCCUCUCCGCGCUCCUUGCCUCGCACUCGAUUGACUCUCUCAAGGCUCUUAACGCCAUUAACCAGCUCUUCAUCGCAUUCGUGUCUCGCUUCGCUGGAGUGAACCCCAUUCGGCCCCACCGAGUGCCUGCUACGGGAGAGGAGCAGGCUGGAGCGGAGGAGAGUGGGUGGGAGAGCGGGUGGGAGUCUAGUGGUGGUGAUGGGGCAAGCGGGCGGGGGAGGGGCAGGGGCGGCGGGGGAAGGCUAGCAGGUCUAUUCGGGGGAGGGGGGAACGGGGCGGGCGGGGGCGACAAUCCCGGGGCUACAGUGUCCGCACUGUUCAGCGCGGGGCUGGCAGCGUCUGCCAUGUCAGCGCUGCUCUCGGAUUGGCCGAGGAGCAAGUCCCGGGGGUUGGUGCCAUCCUGUCCCCAGUCUUCCUCCUUUGUGGUGGCGAAUGCGAUGCUCUUUGAGCUCCUCGUGCAAGCCGCUGCCGCUCCUGGCGAUGCUAUUGCUGGCGCUGCCGCUGGCACAGCUGCCAGCACAACAGCAGUGACAGCCUUCCUACACGCCCUUUACCCAUUUCUACAAGACCUGGUCGCCAAGGAGACAGACAGGGGAGCGCAAAGCACAUCAGCAGAGAUCAUCGCAGGGCUCCUCGCCUCUGCACACCCUUCUGUGCUGCACGCCUGUUGCGCCGAGCCUGAGCCUGAGGCACGGACCGAGGAUGAGCCCCAGGUUCGGGCCGGGGCGGAAGCAGAGGUUCCGCUUGGUUCUGCGCCUGCCUCGCUGAAUCCUCCUGCUUCUGGAUGGCUGGCUAGUCUGUUCCAUCAAGCUAUUCUGCAUUGCUCCGUGGAAUCUCAAACUGAUUGGGCCACAUGUGUGAGAUAUGUCUUGACUAGGAGGGGACAGGAUGUGAGUAGCAGGGAAUUCGGGGCAGGGGAACUAGAUGGGGGAGGGGAUGGACGAGGGGGGGUGAGGGGCAGGAUUCAGCGGCUCGUGCGGGAGAAGCUUCUGGAGAAGCUUCCGGGAAAUGCGGCCUCGGGUCAGCAGGCGAAACGGCUGAUGCUGCUGGUGGUAGCGGUAGGGGAGACUGGGCAAGGGGGGGGAAGGGCUGCUGAGAGUAAGGAGCAGGGGGAGGAGGAGGAGGAGGAAUUGAGAUUCCUUGUGAGAUUGGCGGAUGAAGCUAAGGGGCUGAUGACACAUGGUGCAAGGCAGGUUCGUCAGCUUCUGGGGGAGGUGUUAUCUGCUCUUCUGGCUGCACUCAGCGCUAGAUUCGCCGCCUCGUCCUCUUCCUCCUCCUCUGCCUCUUCUUCUGUGGCUGCCAGCCUGUCGAAUCAUAUCUUGGCAGAAGCUGCCAAAGCUGCUACAGUUAUCAAGUCCAUGGGAAGCAGCACCGAGCAGCACAAAGAGACAAAGGAGGGAUCGACGAAGCAAGAGGGGGAGAUGGAAGGGGUGGAAAGGAAAGAGGGAGGGGAUGAGGGGAGCAGUGGAGCAGGGAAGGAGGGAUCCGAAGAGGACAGGAGCGUGUGGACCAUGGAAUCUAUCCUCUACUUCCUCAUGUCUGCUGUCAAGUCGGGAGACGCCCCUCCAUUCCUCCCAACCAUCGUCGCCCUGCUGCCAUCUCUGCUCUCCAUUCAGGAACCCCCCAACACGGAUCUGUCUCUCCUCGCCAAGCAAUGCCUGGCCUACACCAAGUACCUGCCGCUCUCUGCAACCGCUGUGCCAGCAGCAGCAGCGGCGGUGCUGGCAGCGGCACAGUCAGGCAACUGGAAGGAGAGGGCUGCUGCACUCUCGUUCUGCCAGUCCUUUGUCUUCCGCAAUGGCUUCCUUCUCUCGACAUCCGACCUCUCAUCGCUUCGAGAAGCUGUCAUUACCUGCCUGCAAGACCCACAGCCAGAGGUGCGUGACAUGGCAUCUGCCACGCUGGCAGGCCUGUUCAAGGCAGCCCCUCAGGGUGACACGUGGCCAGCUGCCAUUCGCCAGGGCUUCGUCCAAUCAGCUGCAUCCACGCUCAAAGCCUCGAGAGCCGCCCGCAGACGGGCCAUUGGGGGAAAGUCGUUGGAUGCUGAGUCAGCAGCCAAGGCGGCAGCACGGAUGGUCAAGAUGCAUGGAUCGGCGCUUGGGCUUGCUGCUGCCGUGCGAUCAGCACCAUACGAUGUUCCCCUGUGGUUGCCAGACGUGCUGCUAUCACUCGCCAGCCUGGCACAAGAGCCUGCCCCAGUUGGCCCUGCGGUGGGGAAGGCUCUGGGUGAUUUCAAGCGCACGCACGCCGACAGCUGGCACAUUCAUAAAGAGGCGUUCAGUUCUGAGCAGCUGGAGGUUAUCAAUGACCUAUCUUCAACUGUGGGUUAUUUUGUGUAG